AGCUGAAAUGAAGAGGAGUGCUGUGGUGCGCAGGAGAGUGUGUGUAUGCAAGUGGAUAUAACAUAGGCUACCUGUGCCUGUCACUCUGGCUCUCAUUGGAGCUCUCGGAAUUAAACUGAGAUACAUUUUCCGUAGCCGAAACUAAGAAAAAAAAAAACUUACUUUCUUCAGCACUGGGUCUAUUUUAAAACGAUUAAAGUCGUUUAAGGAGUGCCGUUUUGAGUGAUUCAAAUGAGAAAGGAGCACAGUUCCAGUUAACCCUGACAACGCUUGCCGACACUUCACUACACUGGACACAAUUAUUUUAUUUUUCCCGUGUUCAUUUCGGUCUACAUUUUUUGUGAUUUUCGCAGAGGAAGCUAUAGCUGUUUACGAACCCUAUAUAAAUCGCUUGCGUUAUCUAUGACCUCUAUGAAGGAUCCGUUGAGUUUGGACCACCAUCACCACAAUCACCACAUAACCGGGAGUAAACACACGCCGCUUACGAUGGCCUCUAGUCUUCAACCGCUUCAGCGGUCUGGGGAUUCAAAACACAGGCUGGAGGUACACACAGUAUCUGACACCUCCAGUCCAGAGUCUGUAGAGAAAGAGAAGGGACAGAGUAAAAACGAAGAUUCGUCUGAUGACCCAUCAAAAAAGAAGAGACAGAGGCGGCAACGAACCCAUUUUACUAGCCAACAGCUCCAGGAACUGGAGGCCACUUUUCAACGGAACCGCUAUCCGGACAUGUCCACUAGAGAGGAGAUCGCCGUUUGGACAAAUUUAACGGAGGCCAGAGUCAGGGUGUGGUUUAAGAACCGACGGGCAAAAUGGAGAAAAAGGGAGAGGAAUCAACAGGCAGAGCUGUGUAAAAAUGGUUUCGGACCGCAAUUUAAUGGACUUAUGCAGCCCUACGAUGACAUGUAUCCCAGCUAUACGUACAACAACUGGGCUGCAAAAGGGCUCACAUCGGCCUCCCUGUCAACAAAAAGCUUCCCCUUUUUCAAUACAAUGAACGUCAAUCCACUGUCGUCUCAGACCAUGUUCUCUCCACCUAACUCCAUCUCUUCAAUGAGCAUGUCCUCUAGUAUGGUUCCGUCUGUCCCCGGAUCAAGCUUAAACAGCCUCAAUAACUUGAACAACCUCAGCAACCCCUCGCUAAAUUCUGGAGUUCCAACACCGGCGUGUCCUUAUGCCCCACCGACACCUCCGUAUGUUUACCGGGACACUUGUAACUCCAGUCUUGCCAGUCUGAGACUGAAAGCCAAGCAGCACUCGAGUUUUGGAUACGCGAGUGUGCAGAACCCGGCCUCCAACCUCAGCGCUUGCCAAUACGCAGUGGAUAGACCGGUGUGAGAGACGAUUGUAGAGUUCACAAUCCCGAAUCCCAGGAACGAGAGACUACACUUUUUGUUUAAAGAACACUAGAAAAAUAAACCACUGAAAAAUGCAUCAAAUCCUGUGAUGGAAUGUCAAGCGGAAACGGGCGCAAUUAUGCCGUUUCUAAUCUUGUGCUGUAGGCCUACACUAAUCAGUGUAGAGCUUGGGAUACCAGAAUAUUUAACAACAAAAAAGCUCGUUUAUUUUGACGUUUCGAUCUUUGGACAGUAAUUAACAGUUGUAUAUAUAUAUAUAUCUCUCAAUAUCAUCUCCAAUUUGUUGAGGCAAAAGCUCCAACUCUUGAACAUUUUCAAGAAUUCAGUUUAACAGCAUGUGGAAAAACGCACCGGAACAUUGCUUGCGAACAAGAGAAUGUACAUACUAAACGCACCAGUCGUGUGUUACAUUAUAAAGUUAUUAUUAUGUCUGUGUGAAUAUAGAACUAGAAUAGCAACCCUGGGUAAUAAUACGCAAAUGUUUCUGCGAAAUGAACUUGGUUUUGCUCUGUGUAUCUUAUUUGUUACGGAACUUUUGUUUCGUUUUUCAACAUCCCAAAAAUAAACUAUUGUGCUUUAUUUAA